AUGAAUUCAAUUGACAAAGAAGUAAAAUUACAUUUUCAAACGUAUUAUUAUCAAAAAGAAGCAUUGAAUAAUUUUAUGAAAGAUAAAAAAAAUCUUCGAGUAUUUUCUUAUGAAAAUCCAACAACAAAAUGUUUAGGUAGCAGAAAAUAUAUUACAACAAAUUUAUCUAAAUUUGCUUCAUGGUACCUAACAACAAAAAAAGAAAUAAGAAAUUUUUAUGAAAUUAUUACUAUAGAUACUCCAUGUAGGCUAUAUUUUGAUAUAGAAUAUUCAAAAGAAUUGAAUACUAUUGCAAAUUCAAUUGAAUUAUUUAAUGAUUUUUCUAAUUUUGUUAAAGAUUCUCUAAAAUCUGAAUAUAAUAUAGAUAUAAAUAUUAAUGAAUCUUUUCUUGUUCUUGAUUCAUCAACAUCAACAAAAUUUUCUUUACAUAUUAUUAUUCAUCUACCAGAUAAUAAAUUAUUUCUAAAUAAUAUUGAAAUGAAGAAUUUUACUGAUUACCUUUAUUUAAGUAUGUUAGAAAAUAAUAUUGCUCUUAUUUAUAAUGGUAAAAUUAAUAAUAUUGGUGAAAAAUUAAAAGUUCCAAUAUUUGAUAAUUGUGUAUAUACAAAAAAUCGAAAUUUUAGACUUUAUUUAAGUUGUAAACUGGGUAAAAAUAUUCAUCUUAAAUUAGCUGAUUGGUGUCAAUUUUAUAAAUGUAAAAAUAUUAAUAAUCCUACUGAUUUUCAAAUAUUUUUUGAUUCUUUAUGUGUACCAAAAUUUUUUGACAAUUAUGAAACACUUCCAAAAUAUAAAAUUAAUAAAGAAGUUUUAGAUAUUAAAACAUCAAAAGUUAGAUCAAAUUUUGGUGGAUUAUUCUAUAAUACAUUAAAAAUUACUAAUGAUUUUUGUAUAUAUUUAAAAAAUGGUUAUGGAAGAACUUCUAUGUUUCCUUUGUUAGAGGAAUAUAUUAUUGAAAAAAAUAAACAAUAUUCUGAAAAUGUUGAUAUUCGUGCAUGGGAUAUAAUAAAAAUAAAAAAUAAUGGAAAAUUAAAACUCAUAUUUCAUAUAAAAAAUUGUAGAUAUUGUUCUAAUAUUGGUAGAGAACAUAAAAGUAAUAAUAUAUUUUGGGAGGUCUAUUUUGAUCCUAUUUUAAUAUGCCAUCAGAAAUGUUUUGAUAGAGAAUGUCAGGGACGUUAUUCAAUUGGAUAUCAGAUACCAACAAAUGUAACUGAAGAAGUAAUUAAAAGUUUAACUGAAAUGGAAUUAUAUCAAAUCCCAUUUGAUAGUUUUGCUGACUCAUUUUGGAAUUUAGAAAGAGAUAAUGUUUCUUUACUUGAUAAUGAAAAAAUUAGGAAAAGAAGUUUCAUAGAUGAUAUAGAUAAUAAUUUACAAUCAGAAAAACAUUUAAUAAAAUUAGAUAAUACAGAUAAAUCUAUUGAAAACGUUCAAGAAACUUCAUUCAAUGAAGAUGAUGAUAACUUUAUUGUUGUUGAUAGUAAAAUACCAGACAAAUCUACAGAAUAUUUAAACUUUAUUAUUUCUACCCAGCAAUUAAGAUAUAAAAACAGUUUUGAAUUUUCACAAAAAAAUCUAUCAGAAGAAGAAAAUUCUUAUAAAAUUUUAGUUAAUCAAAAAUCAAACUAUAAUAAUAUUUCUAAAUCUUCAUUAACACAAUUUAAUAGAAGUGAAGAUUUUAUGACAGAUGACGAAUCUAAUGACAAUUUGAAACAUCUAACUUCAUUAAAUGCAUCAGAAUGUGAUAAAUUUAAUGAAUGUUUCAUUAAUUCAACAGUUUCUUCAUCUACAGAUAACUCUUCAGAUGUUUUAGAAGAAAUUAAUUUACUGAUAAAAGACAAUCAAAAAAAUAUAUGUAUUCUCAAUGAAUAUGGUGAAAUUGAGACAGUUUUAGAAUCACCAUUAAGUACUAGUGAAAUUAAUUCUCCCAUCAACAAUGACAAUAACAUAAAAAAAAACCAAGAAACUGAAACAAAUACUAAUUUUAUAGAAACAAAUGAAAGUCCAGGGCAAAGUUAUUGUUAUGGAAUACCAAAAACAUUUAAAGAAAUCCAUUCUAUUAAUAAAAAAUUUGGUAGCUCAGAAAAAUGUAAAUCUCCAUUUAAAUCUCCUGUAAUUAAAAGAAAAGGAAAAAAAAUGGAUAUAAAAAAAAUAAAAAAAAAUAUUUUUUCAAUUCCAUGA